AUGGCGACAGCAUUUUUGAUGGGCGGGUACAACUUCAAGCCCGACUCUGACAUCCCGGAUCUGACCGGAAAGGUCAUUCUCGUCACCGGAGGGAAUGCCGGUCUUGGGUUGGAGACGAUCCGACAGAUUGCAAAGCACAACCCCGCGCACAUCUACCUCGCAGGACGCUCAAAGGAGAAAGGAGAGACCGCAAUCAAAACACUGCAAAAGGAGGGCUCCAGUGUCACGCCGAUAUCUCACCUGCCGCUUGAGCUGUCUUCGUUUGAAAGCAUCAAAGCCGCCGCGAAACAGUUCAACGAGUCCUCGUCCAGGCUGGACCUGCUCGUCAACAAUGCGGGAAUCAUGGCGACGCCCGAUGGUCUCACAGCGGAGGGUUACGAGAUUCAGUUUGGCACAAACCAUAUGGGCCAUGCCCUCUUGACGCAGCUCCUAAUGCCCACUCUGAAGAAGACGGCGACCGAAAACCCAGAUGUCAGGGUCGUCUUUCUCUCCUCGGCCGCGGAGGGCUGGGCACCCAAAGACACGUACCAAUUCGACAAGCUCAAGACCAAAAUGCCCGAGACCCCGAGCCGCUUUCGCUACGGAAUCUCAAAGGUGGCCAACAUUCACUACGCCGCCGCCCUCGCCGAGCGGCAUCCGGAGCUCAAGAUUGUCAGCGUGCACCCGGGUGUCGUCGACACAAACCUGGCACAAUCCAUCAUCAACAAGUCCAACGUCGUCUUGGGCAUGAUUAUGUACCUCGGCACCAAGAUCGUGGCCGUCAGUCCGCAAAAGGGCGCACUCAACCAGCUCUGGGCCUCCUUCAACCCGGACGUCAAGAGCGGCAUCUUUUACUUCCCAGUGGGUGUCACCGGUAAAGGGACGAGGCUGAGCAAUGACAAGGAUAGGAGGGAGGAGUUAUGGAAAUGGACCGAAGACGAACUCCGGAGCCAUUUGUAA